CGGCCGCCACCAGCGCCGGGGAUGCGGAGGCGCCGCUGCUGCUGCUGCUGGGGCCCGGCGGCGCUGCUGCUGCUCCCGCUGGGGCUGGGCAGCCUGCUCGCCGCCAAAGUGAAUAAACACAAACCUUGGAUUGAGACAUCGUACCAUGGAAUCAUAACUGAAAACAACGACACUGUGAUUUUGGACCCUCCCCUAGUUGCUUUGGAUAAAGAUGCACCUGUUCCCUUUGCAGGUGAAAUUUGUGCUUUUAAAAUCCACGGGCAAGAGAUGCCCUUUGAGGCCAUUGUGCUGAACAAGACGUCUGGAGAAGGUCGGCUCCGAGCAAGGAGUCCCAUUGACUGUGAGCUGCAGAAGGAAUACACAUUCAUCAUCCAGGCCUACGACUGUGGAUCAGGACCAGGUGGAACCAACUGGAAGAAAUCUCACAAGGCAGUAGUCCAUAUCCAGGUGAAGGAUGUCAACGAGUUCUCCCCAGCAUUCAAGGAGAGCAUGUACAAGGCCUCAGUGACGGAGGGGAAGAUCUACGACAGCAUCCUGCAGGUGGAAGCCACAGAUGAGGACUGCUCCCCCCAGUACAGCCAGAUCUGCAACUACGAGAUUGUCACCACGGAUGUUCCCUUUGCCAUCGACAGGAAUGGUAACAUCAGGAACACGGAGAAACUGAGCUAUGAUAAACAGCACCAGUAUGAGAUAAUGGUCACAGCUUUUGACUGUGGGCAGAAGCGUGCGUCAGAAGAUGUCCUGGUACGAGUUAAUGUCAAACCUGUGUGCAAACCAGGCUGGCAAGACUGGAACAAACGGAUUGAAUACAGGCCUGGCUCUGGCAGCAUUCCCUUGUUUCCCAGCAUCCACCUGGAGACAUGUGAUGGACCAGUGUCCUCCAUCCACACCACCAUUGAGCUGCAGACCAAUUACAUCGGGAAGGGCUGUGAUCGUGAAACCUACUCUGAGAAAUCUCUGCAGAAAUUAUGUGGAGCUUCCUCAGGUGCCAUUGACCUGUUACCAUCUCCCAGUACAACAACCAACUGGACAGCUGGGCUCCUCAUGGAUAGCAAUGACAUGAUUUUUAAAUUUGAUGGAAAGCAAGGAGCCAAAAUCCCAGAUGGAAUAGUCCCGAAAAAUUUAACUGAUCAAUUCACCAUCACUCUGUGGAUGAAACAUGGACCUAGUCCUGGAUUAAGAGCUGAGAAGGAAACUAUUCUCUGCAACUCUGACAAGACAGAGAUGAACCGGCACCACUACGCGCUCUACGUGCACAACUGCCGCCUCGUGUUCCUGCUGCGCAAGGACUUCGACCAGGCCGACACCUUCCGCCCCGCCGAGUUCCACUGGAAGCUCGACCAGAUCUGUGACAAGGAGUGGCACUACUACGUGGUCAACGUGGAGUUCCCCGUGGUGACGCUGUACAUGGACGGGACGACGUACGAGCCGUACCUGGUGACCAACGACUGGCCCAUCCACCCCUCCCACAUUGCCAUGCAGCUCACAGUGGGGGCCUGCUGGCAAGGAGGUGAAGUCACCAAGCCCAGGUUUGCUCAGUAUUUCCAUGGCAGCCUGGCCAGCCUGACAAUACGGCCAGGGAAAAUUGAGAGUCAGAAAGUGAUUUCCUGCUUGCAGGCCUGCAAGGAAGGGCUCGAUAUUAAUUCUCUUGAGAGUCUUGGCCAAGGAAUAAAGUAUCACUUCAACCCUUCCCAGUCAGCCCUUGUCAUGGAAGGAGAUGACAUUGAGAAUAUAAAUCAGGCCCUCCAAAAGGUCUCAUACAUCAACUCCAGACAGUUUCCUACUGCAGGCGUGCGACGUCUCAAAGUCUCAUCUAAAGUCCAAUGUUUUGGUGAAGAUGUCUGCAUUAGUAUCCCAGAUAUAGAUGCCUAUGUAAUGGUAUUUCAGGCCAAUGAGCCCAAGAUUACCAUAACUGGGAUGGACCACUUUGCUAGACCAGCUGCACAGUUUGAAAGUGAAAGAGGUGUUAUUCUGUUCCCUGACAUCAGGAUUGUCAGCACAGUCACUAAAAUGGAGCAUUCAGUGGACUUAAGAGAACAUGACAGAGUCAAUAAACAAGUGGUAGUAGAGGAAAUGCUCCACAACUUGGAUUUCUGUGAUGUUUUGGUCAUUGGUGCAGAACUAGACCCUGAACAAGAGUGUUUAGAACUAGAUCAUGGGGAGCUUCAAGGAAAACAUCUAGAUGCCACAAAUUCCACUGCAGGAUAUUCAAUCUAUGGUGUGGACAGCAUGUUCAGCUAUGAGCAGGUGCUGCGGCAGCUCCGCUACCGCAACUGGGGCACCUCGGCCACCUCGGACAGGAAAUUCAGGGUCAAGUGCUCCGAGCUCAACGGGCGUUACACCAGCAAUGAAUUCAACCUGGAGGUGAGCAAGGAGUUCAGCCUGGAGGUUAAUAUUCUGCACAGUUCCAACUCAAACUUCAUGGACCAUGUAAAUCACAUGAUAUUCCAGCCCAAAUUUCUCCAAUCUGUUCAGCACCCUGAGGGGAGUGUAAGUGCAGUUCCCAGCUCAGUGGUUCCCAGUGUGGCCACGAUGGUUAUCAUCAUCUGUGUGAGCGUCCUGGUGCUGGUGGUGAUGCUGGGCGUGCUCCGGCUGCGCUCCGCGCGCCAGCACGGCUCCCUGGGGCACGAGGGACCCAAGGACAACGAGAUGGACUGGGACGACUCUGCUCUCACCAUCACCGUCAACCCCAUGGAGAGAUAUGAAAAGCCACACCAGACAGAAGAGGAGAGUGAGGAAGAAGACAUAGAUGAUGAAGAGGAAGACACAACCAGUGCUGAAUCAGAUGAUAGUGAAGAGGAGGAAGACGAGGAAGAGGAGGAGGAAGUGAUUGUCCAAAAGGGAAACAAACAGAAUGCCACCAGGCAAGAGCAGUUGGAGUGGGAUGAUUCAACACUCCCCUACUAACAAACAGCCUGCCAGCCACAGCUCUUUUGUAACAACCAAUACAAUGUUUUUUCAGAGUCUAUGAAUUCAUUGACAGGAUUUGAACUUCUGCUUGCCUGUAACUGUUUUGCCUAAAAUGAUCUUGUUGUAGUAAUUGAUAACGAUAGAACUGACCCUUUUCUUACAAAGCCUGGAGAAAAGGUGGUCCAAACCUCCUGGCACAUGCAGUAAUAAAGUAAUCUAGAACUUGAUCUGUUAGCAAGCAUAGUUCUCAAUUUCCUGUUUCUACCCUGCAGAUGUGUGACAAAAAUCCUGUCACUCAAUCCAUACAAAUUUUUGCCUUUGCUACUUUUUUCACACAGGAGAGAUUUCAGCUCGUUGUGUAGAAUAACUUCUGUGGGUCCAAAUACCAGUUGCCAUAUAACUUCACAUUUUUACAGGUGUAAAAAAACAUAAUCCACCUUCAAAUUGGGGCAGGGUUUUAGUGCUACAGGAGCUAAAUUCCAUCCGUCAUCUCGUCCUGCCUUUUGGAUGUUAACUGUCUUCUGCAAGGGAAUAUCUGGGACUUGACAGGGGAUGCAUGUGUGCUUAUGUAGAUGUGGAUGGUGUAUUUUUCAGGCAUGCUGUCAGACCCUCAAGAGAGGGAUUUUUAUCCAAUCUACCAAUAGAAAUUAAAAGCAAGUUUGAGAAAAACAGCAACAAGAAAGGGCUGCUGAUGGUUAUCCAAAAAAAACCCCAUCCAGUCUGUGUCCAUAGAUUGAGUAAUAUGGUCUUAUGCAAACUGUAAAUUCUAAUGGGAUUGAUUCACUUAAAAUCUGCAGAGCUGCUCAUUAGUUAUGGAUUGAGCAAUUUGCAGCAAAUCGAUGCUUUAAACUGUCUGUCUCAUGGAACCAUUAGCUUGCUGCAGCAUCUUACUGAACUAGUGGAAAAUAAGUGACCCCAUUAUUCCAUGACUAUGUAUAGCUGGGAUUUAAACAAUUAUUUUAGAUGAGGAAAACGUUCCCUUUUGCUUAGUGAAUGCCAGCCUGAAUUCCUGUCUGACUGUAUUCUAUAAAAACAUGAUGCCCUAUUUCUUCUUCACCCCUGCCUGCCCGUAGUGCACAAGAGAAAGGAACAGCACUGUGAGUCCUCUUCUGUGCUCAUAAUUCUCCCUUAUUUCUUCUGCCUGAAGCCAUUAAUGUUGACAGAAGGUUUUAUAAAGUAGACAAAGAAAAAUAGAACCUAUUUGGAACCAAAAUAGUUGAAAACAAAAACUAAAAUCUUAAGAGGCUGAGAGAGUAUUUUAGUUUGUUAUGGUAACACAGCAUAUUUUUCUUAAACACCGUUUAAAAAAGAAAAAAAAAAAGGAAAAGCAGAGCUAUGUAAGCUACAUAUACAAUGUGUUGAUUAGUCUGUGUGGUGUGUUUCUGGUCCCCUUUUCCUUAAGCACCUUUCAACUGCUCUGCUUACCAAAUGCUGCAGCACUUGCUGGGGUGGCUGCUCCAAUGCACAGAAACAAAAUGGCAUGGAAGUGAAUGCUGCUUAGUGGCUUGUCUGGGUUGUUCUCCUGAGUACUUUGUCCUCUUUGCAAUUUCAUCUCUGACUUUUGCUUUUUUAAUCUGCUGUUUGAAAUAAGCUGCUUCCUCUUCUUCACCCUCCCAGUCAGUCUGGCCACAGCAGGACCUUCCUGAGCACCCUGAGUGGUGGCUGGUGUUGCAAAGGGCACUUGAAGCAAUCCUGAGGGUGCCCACCUCCCUCAAUACUGGAUUAUUAACAGCUCCUGAAUGUGAUGGGAUAUAGGGAAUACAAAGGAUGCUUGGGGGUUCUUGUAAUUCCAGUUUCUGCAUUUGGCAGCUGAAAGGAAAUACUGAGAGCAACUAAGCCCUUUAGUUGAAUAUCUAGAAAGUAAAUGAAAGAAAAAUCUAUAAUAAUUUUAAAAUUGGAGAUAUUUAUGCUUUUAUUUGUUGUGCCAGCAAUCACGUUGUCACAUGGUUGUUAAGAUUGGCAACACAGCAGUUUUGUUUUGUUAUCAAUCCUGUUUCAUUUUAUUCUCUCACACAUAUUAAACUUAGAAGAAUAUUUGAAGAAUCAAGGCCACAUAAGUACAUCUUAUCUGCACGAAUAACAACUGUAAAAAUGUCCACAAUUUUUCUGUUUAAUACAAAAUUAAUAUUGAUAUUUCUGAUUAUCUUGAACAAAAUGAUAUGUUAGAUCAGUUCCUACCAUCCUAGUAGCCUAGAUAAAUUCCCAGUUUUAAUUUUAUAGUGACAUGAAGUAGGCUCUUCAUGAUGCUUGUUAUCAGCACAUAUCAGCAAAUCUUUACGCUCAGAAAAAAAUAUUCAAAAUUAAAUGUAGAUAUUUAAAAGUCAAUUUCAGAUUUAAAACUGGACUUAAAUUAUUUUAAAGUUUCCGUUAUUCCUGAUUAUUAUUAUCAUUGUUGCUAUUGUAGUUGCUGUUCUCAUAGCAAACAUUACGGCAAACUUGAAAACAGCAAUUUACAACCUUAUUGACAGCCUUUAAUUCUUUUAUAUGUUUGUGAAUUCAUCAGUGUGUUUCUCCAUCUAACAGACUUUUAUCUUUUUACUGCUGGAAGCAGAUCUUUUCAGGUUGUAUUCGUACAUUACACAAAAAGGAAACAAAGUAUUUUCUCUACUAUAAAUAAAUCUACAUUUUUAAACCGAAGCAAAGUCAUACAGGCAUGUGUGUUAUCACUAAAACUUAAUUUGCAGUAAGAUUCUCAGCAAACUCAAAUGUAUCACUGUACUUAUUUUAGAUUACUUGUUUGAGUGCAUUAUGCAGCAUUUUUCAUUCAAAUAAAUAGAAACAUCCUUUUCACAGAAUGGCAGUGGGAAUGAGGUACUUCUUCACAAAAUGGGUCCUAAAAUAUUUGUAUAGCACUAAAAGCAGUGGUUUCCUGAGCAAAACUACUACUAGAAAAUCACAGAAAUAUGAAUUUUUCUAAAACAAUUCUAACAAUAUUGCCUCCCCUCCAGAAAUUAUUUUUUAUAUAACCUACUUGCUUAAAAACCAACCAGAACACAUACACACAUAUGUACAUAAAGACAUACAUGUGGGGGUUUUUUUGCCCUUAAUCAAAAGCCAAAAUUGUCUCCUUUUCUCCCUGAAAAAAAGUGUUUAGAAUUGUAAAACCAUUCAGGUUGGAAAAGACCCCUAAGAUCACUCGCUGCAGCCCCUCAGGGCUGGCUUGUGGUGAGGUGGUCUUUUUUUACACUAGCAAUAAACAAGUAUACCCA